UCAUUACACAGUGGAAAACAAGCGACUCAGAGGCGAAAGGUGCUUUAAUAAAAACUAUUUUCGAGGAGGAUUUUCAGUUUUACAGGAGAAAAGACUUUGAGGGUGAGGACUAACUCCUGGUUGGUCGCCCUGCACCCGCUAAAGCGCACAGCUGCUCCUCGGCACUUCUACCUGUGGCUGUCAUCCGCGCACUGGAUGAGACGCACACCAGCGCAGCAACCUAUGUUUGCUGACUCAGAACCACAAAUUCCAGCCAAGACCACCUUUGCCAUUUUCUAUGAGUGUGUGAGUGUUUCUGUGUGUGUGUGAGAGAGAGAGAGAGAGAGAGAGAGGGGAUGGUCUUCGCACUCACACGAGCCAGGUUAAGCCAAAAAGCAGAAGAAGGGGGAUAACAAGUGGGAUUUCGUUCUAAGAGGAUUAGCGCAGUCGUUAGCCGCCCGCCGCUCUGGUCAACGGAUGCCCGGUUUUGCCGGUUGGAACACAGCGCACCGUGGAGCCACAUGCAGUAGCCUGCCUGAAACCGGGCGAUUCGUGCCAUUCGUGUGGCGUUCACUGGCGGUAGAUGUAGAAAUUUCAUUAAAACUACUGUGACAUGCCAAGAUGACCUAUGGUGAUUUUUACCUGUUGGGAGCGCACGGGAAUCUCUCACCGGGAGUGCGUCUGCACCAGAGAGCGGUUUCCUGAGUGGGGGUUGCGGGGUGUCAGGGUGGGGGGGGUGGGGAGGCUGUUUUUUUUUGUUUUUGUUUUUUGUUUUUUUUUCGUUUUUCACAUGAGGACGCGACCUGCGGGGAUCGGCAGUUUCAAUGCCGACUGGAUGGGCUCGCUCCCCUCCAAGCUCAGUGCCAUGCCCCUGAAACACCUCGCCGUGCCAGGGUCCCAUGAUUCCUUCACCUUCUGGGUGGAUGUGCAUGCUCCUGUGGGCCCUGAUCAGAAGGCUUAUGUCAAAUACCUGGCCACCAUCUUCAGCGUCUUAGCCAAGAAAGUCAUGGUGAAGUGGUCCAUGACGCAGAACCUGACUUUUAAGGAACAGCUGGAUGCAGGAAUCCGCUACUUUGAUCUCAGGGUUUCCUCCAAACCAGGCGAGCCUGGAAAUGAGAUUUAUUUCAUCCAUGGCCUCUUUGGACACAAGGUGAGGGACGGUCUGUCAGAAAUCAACUCCUUCCUAGGCAGACACAGGAAAGAGGUUGUGUUUCUGGACUUCAACCAUUACUAUGCAAUGGAUGCAGAGCAUCAUGCGUACCUCAUCAGCAUGCUCCAGGAAGUGUUUGGCGGCAAGCUCUGUAACAACUGUGCAGUGGAGAGCAUUACUCUGGAUUACCUGUGGGAGAAGAAGCAACAGGUAAUAGUGUUCUACCAUCAUCCCUCAGCUCAGGGUAUCCCCAUCAUGUGGCCUGGCAACAAGAUCCCUGCUCCCUGGGCAAACACCACCGAACCUAACAAGCUCAUACAGUUCCUAGAAACUACACUACAGGAAAGAGCCAAACAGGGCACCUUCCACGUGUCCCAGGCCAUUCUCACACCAAGGGUCAACACUGUGGCCAAGGGCCUGGUCUGGGGGCUUCGUACCUACCUGGUGGAGAGAAACCUACCUACCAUCAUGUCCUGGGUUGAGGCUCAGAGGCCGGGGGUGGAUGGAGUCAACAUCAUCACCUCUGACUUUGUGGAGCUCACUGACUUUGCUAACAUCGUCAUCAAGCUCAAUAAUAGGCUACUGUCCGAGCAAGAACGCAAAGCAAGAUGACACAAGUGCAAAAGGGAUAAACAUCUGCUGACCCACAGUGUGUUGGAGGUUGGAAAUUGGAUGGCUUGAGUCCUGGGGAUUAGUUUCUGUCAAGUUAGUUUUAAUAAUAGUGUAUUAUAUUACAGCAGUGACUCAAAUAAGAUGCGAAGGUCAACUGUAUGAGCCAGACACCUCUGACCUUUGAAUGACAUAAAGCCUUUAAAGCUUCCAAGAACUCAUCAACUAACUUUUGGUAUUUUGAACAUCACAGUUUUGGUUGCAGCCAAAUAUCUCUGCCACAAUAUCAAAAUCCAAGUCCAAAAGAGGAAAAGAAGCCAGAGCCCAGCAGACGAUUAGGUGUUACCAGCUGCAUUUUUUUUUUUACCGUCUUUAUAAGGCCAACCAAGUCCUGUCAUGCCACAGCUCUAGCUCUGGCUUUAUUUGUGGAUUUCCUUUCAUACAUUCCCUUUUUGGGGGAAAGCUGGAAUCAUCACAUAGGUCACUGGAUUCUCAGCUAUCUGUAACCUGGACAAUGGUCAUAUAACUGAAGGGUUUAAAUUUUAAGUUUCAACAUCUCAGACAUUGAUAUCAAAAUUACAACAGCUGCUUUUGUUCCUUUUGUAUUUUCAAAAGUUCUGAUCUCACUACUGAUCACGUUACAGAUUUAUUCAAUUAUGGUGAAAGCCAGGCUCACAUAUUAAAAUAAUAUAUGUUUGUAUUUUAGGUGUUAAUGUCAAUGGAAUUUGUGUACACAUUAGGUAUUGGGAUGGUGGAAUUGGGACAAAUAUUUAGUUUACAGACUGCUAAUUACAUCCAUAUUUUGUUUGUAUGAAGAGUCACCUGACAUGAUGGGAAUGGAAUUCAUUUACAUUGUAUUUAAAACACCGUUAUAAUUGUGAACAGUUGGUAUAAGAGCUAAAAUUGGAUUUUUAUCUGUGCACUUGGCGUUUUUCCAACAAUGAAAUGAGCAUGAGACAAAAGUAGAGGUUGUGGUUUUUUGUGGUAUUUUUUGUUUCUAUGUAAAGCAAAGAAGAGGAGCCCACUGUGCCAACACAGUCUCAACACUUAUGACUUUGACUAUACAGUUUAACUAGAGAUACAAACACUGGCACCUUUUAUGCAUUUUACAAGAUUGCAUAAAUUAUAGAAUUACAGAGGGAAAGCCAAACAUGUGUGGAACGUGUGCCACAAUUCCCAUAAACCAUGUGCACCCAUAUACAGUAUACACAGUUAUAAGUGUUUAUGGUAUUUUUACUGAGAAUUUUUCCACUUGCAUUGUUUAACUAGGCAUGCAGAAAUAGAAAUAGGUUCCAGUUAAUGAUGUGUGGAGGAAAUGCAGCCGUCUGCAGCAGGCUUCAUAAAACAGACCAUGUAUACAAAAUGUAGAGAGAGCAAUGAAAAAAUGGCCAAAAUAUUGAAGUUUGAAAUGUUUUGUGUGUGUAUCUGGGUGUGUGUUUGUGUCAGUGUGUGUGACUUUGUUUGUGUGAGUUCCUUGUGGGCCCAGUGAUUACUAUGCAUGACAGAGACAGUAGAGCAGUGACAGUCGACCUGCAUUCCUGUGGUCAGAGUGGGAGGAGAGGAGGAGAGAGAGACGGCAGGAAAAGAUGAAAGUAAUGAAGAGGGGAAAGAAAGAGUGAAAGAACUGAAACAAAGAAAAAUGACAGACUGUGGUUGUUUAGUCGGCGAGACAGCCAGUGAGUGAAAAGGGCAGAAUCCCAUCAGGAAUAAGCUAAAGUUCAGCUGGACAGUGAGAGAGUUAUCUGAACAGCUGCUUUUUCUUUCAGCGGCAGCAUCAUUUAUCAGGGAGAUGCUGUUGUUGUUGUUGUUGUUGUUGUUGUUGUUGUUUGUUUUUUUCAUUUCAACUCUGCCCUUCUUUAGUUCACUCCCUGACUCACUUGUGUGAAAUUGCCUGUCCAGUCCAGGCCACAUUGUUGACACAGUUGAAUGUGAUCACCAAGUACCGCAAAGUGAGCACACGCACACAUGCACAUACAGAGACACUUUAAUUGUGCAGUAAUUACACAUACCAUGGCAGGCAAGUGAGAGAGCAGAGGGAGGCAGCUUUGACUGAUGGAGAGCAUUCCUCUCUGUGUGUGUGUGUGUGUGUGUGUGUGUGUCUCCCUCCCUGCCUUUCCAUGCUGCUUGCCUCAUUUUAAAAGAGUAGAGGACAACUCAAGUCUGGUCUCCCAGAUGUUUAUAAAAACCUGAAAUAAUUAAAAUAACACUACAUUUGUGCUUGUGUGCAUGUGUCUUGUAACUCUGCAAACACUUUAUACAAGUGUUGCAAAUAUUUACACACAGCUUUUCCAAAGCUACAAGCAACAAUCUUGGUAGAUGUUGUAGUAGUCUUAGCAACUAAACAACAUUGGCGUUUGGUUUCUCUGACCUCAGUCUGCCCCAGACUCAACGCCUCAGCCUCCUCCCCGUCUACACCUCGAGUUACAGCAAACAGUCCGGUUGGAACAUUUUGCCUCAUAAAUCAGAGGCGGACUUGACUUGGUUUCAUUACAGCCAAACAUGGUGCAGUUUCCAGUCUUGAAUCAUAAAAAAAAAUGAUGGUUUGCAUUUAAGUGGCAAUAAUACUGUCAUGCUUAUACUAUGGUUGGAUGGUGUGUUUGUGUUUAAUAAAGACAUACAACUAUGUGAAA